AUCCCAACCCUCAAAAACCAUCUCCACCAUUAAAUCCCGAACCCAUUCUCCACCUCACAAUUCAUAUCCUGCUCUCAAUUUCCCUCCACCCUACAUUACUUAAACUUUCCUGCAGAAAAUUUCAGAGCAAGAGAGACAUAAGAGCACAGAGAAAGAAAUAGAUAACUUUCUCUCUUGCUUUUCUUCUUCUUCUUCAUUAUUAUCAUCAAUGGCGUCUGCUACCAUUCUCAAGUCUUCUUUUUUGCCAAAGAGAUCAGACUGGGCGGGUGCCGGUCGGCCGGUGAUUGCUCGUCAGCCGGCAGCCGUGCAUCUCACCGUCCGUGCAGGCUCAUAUGCAGAUGAACUUGUUAAGACUGCUAAAACUAUUGCUUCACCUGGAAGGGGGAUACUGGCCAUGGAUGAGUCUAACGCUACAUGUGGAAAGCGCCUGGCUUCUAUCGGGCUGGAGAACACUGAAGCCAACAGGCAGGCUUACAGGACCCUUCUAGUUUCAGCUCCUGGCCUGGGGCAGUAUAUUUCAGGAGCAAUUCUCUUUGAAGAGACUCUGUAUCAAUCAGCAACAGAUGGAAGGAAGAUAGUUGAUGUUCUUGUUUCUCAGAACAUUGUGCCUGGCAUAAAGGUUGAUAAGGGCCUUGUUCCACUGGUGGGAUCCAACGACGAGUCAUGGUGCCAGGGUCUCGAUGGUCUAGCUUCACGGUGCGCUGCAUACUAUCAGCAAGGAGCUCGAUUUGCCAAAUGGCGCACAGUGGUCAGCAUCCCUAAUGGCCCAUCAGCACUUGCAGUAAAGGAAGCUGCUUGGGGCCUUGCUCGCUAUGCCGCCAUUGCUCAAGACAACGGACUAGUUCCGAUUGUGGAGCCUGAGAUUCUGUUGGAUGGAGAGCAUGGCAUUGAUCAGACCUUCGAGGUUGCGCUGAAAGUAUGGGCUGAGGUCUUCUUCUACUUGGCUGAAAACAAUGUGUUGUUUGAAGGAAUCCUAUUGAAACCGAGCAUGGUGACACCAGGUGCAGAGAGCAAGGAGAAGUCUACUCCUGAGGAAGUGGCAGAAUAUACUCUUAAGCUUCUUUAUAGAAGAAUUCCACCAGCUGUUCCUGGAAUCAUGUUCCUUUCUGGUGGACAAUCUGAAGUGGAAGCAACUCAGAACCUAAAUGCAAUAAACCAAAGCAAAACCCCAUGGCACGUCUCAUUCUCUUACGCCAGAGCGCUGCAAAACACUUGCCUAAAAACUUGGGGAGGGAGACCAGAGAAUGUCAAGGCGGCGCAGGAUACACUGCUGCUUCGAGCUCAGGCCAACUCACUUGCGCAGCUCGGGAAAUACUCUGGUGAGGGCGAGUCAGCCGAGUCAAAGAAGGUGACUUACGAGAAGAAAUACACCUACUAGUGGUUUUGCUGGUUAUGCGUGGGAUGUUAAACUAUUUGAGAGGUGUUAAAUUGAAUGGAAUUAAAGGAAGCCGACAAUUUAGGGAUGAUGGCUAUGUAUUAUGAUACAGUGGCAAUAGCUAUAUGUUGAUUAGUUUAACUUAGCUGAUUAUAUUAUGUUUAUUAAAUGGAAGGUUGCUUUUUUAUUGUGUAAUGUAGCGAUAUUGUACUAGCCAAAGAACUAUCACUUUGGUGUACUAGUGUGAUGUUAGAUUUUCUUGA